AUGGCGGCGCUGUACUCAUGCGCUGCACAAAUUGUAGACAAAGUGACAAAGAAACAAGGCACUGCAAAAAACUUGGCGAUCAACAGUCGCUUUCCCAAGAAGAAAAAACUUUACGCCUUGGUGUGUGAAACACUAAAAUACAGAGGAAUUUUGGAAGAUAUCUUUGAACAAACAAGACUUCUAAAACUUGAGAAAAAGCUCAAACAUAGCUAUGCCUUAGUGUUAGUGUAUGACUUCCUGUUUGGCCAAGGAAUCGAAUGUGGUGGAGAGUUGAAACAGUUCAUUUUUAAUCACAAAGCUGCCCUUCAGUCAUGUUUGGCACGUUUGAAGAUCAAAGCCAAGGUUCAUCGUAAUGAGGAUCUGUUGCCUAAACCUGCUGUAGAGACAGGCUCAAUUCCAAGAUAUGUACGAGUCAAUAGGAUAAAGACAACACUGAAAGAUGUCAUAAAUGAUUUUGAAAAUAAUGGUUAUCAACUGGUAGACAAACAAGAUAUUGCUUCAUUAGCUGCGCAGAAUUCUUCAUGUAAGCAGUUCAUGUGUGACAAACACCUCUCAGAUGUCUUGGUGUUUCCUGCAGGAACAGAUCUGCAUGAUCAUCCUCUUUAUGUCAGUGGACACAUCAUACUUCAAGAUAAAGCUAGUUGUCUACCAGCACAUGUUCUAGCUGCCCCACCCGGCUCUCAUGUGAUUGAUGCUUGUGCUGCCCCUGGGAACAAAACCAGUCAUGUGGCAAGUUUGAUGAAUGAUUCAGGGAAAAUAUAUGCAUUUGACAGUGAUAGGAAGAGGUUAACAGUAAUGCAAACUCUGAUGAAGAAAGCUGGAGUGGAGUGUGUCACAAUGACAAACUGUAGUUUUCUGGAGGUAAAUCCUUUAGGUGAGAAGUACACUGAAGUGCAAUACAUAGUGGUAGAUCCAUCAUGCUCUGGGUCUGGUAUUGUCAACAGGAUGGAUGGCAUAAUUGAUGAAAAGGAAGACAAGCUUAAAGAAGAGGAAAGGCUUCUAUCACUAGCCAAGUUUCAGUUGUCUGUGUUAAACCAUGCCUUGUCCUUUCCUCAUGUGAAGAGGGUGGUCUACUCAACCUGCUCCAUUCAUCAACAGGAAAAUGAAGAUGUAGUGGAGGCAGCUUUAAACGCAAACAGGGACAGAUUUUCGCUGGAGCAUGCUUUACCAUCCUGGACACACAGAGGAAUGGCUGUAUUUCCUGAGGCAGAGAGAUGCAUCCGAGCGUCACCUGAUCAAGAUUUCACCAACGGGUUUUUCGUGGCACUCUUUGUGAGAAAUGACAAUGAAACAGUGAUGGAUCACAAAGCUACAGAAUCCAAUGGUUUAUUACCCGGAGGAAAGAGGAAAAGGUCUCAAGAAGACUCAACACAACCAGUGAAUGAUGACGUUGACAACGACAGCGAUUCUGCACAUUCAUCAGCACAUGUUAGUCUGUUACCGAAGAAAAAAUAUCGGAAAAAGAACAAGAAACACCAAGAAGUAAAUUUACAAGAACAAUCUAAAAAUAUGAAUUUGGAAAGAAAUUUCGGACGGGAUAGUGGUAAAAAGAAACGUAAACGGAAAAAGAAAAAUAAAAAGGUUUCUGUUUGCUCAUAA